CCUUCUCGACCUUUCCCCUUGCCUGAGUUGCGGUGACUCUCAGGUUAAAACACCACUGGUUGUCUCUAUGUGUGCACAAUAAGCAUAGCCUUUCCGUGUGCUGAAGACCAUCAUCAAGCCAGCCUGAGAGCUAGACAAAGAAAGGUCAUGAGUCAGAAAACCCACAAAAUGCUGAACAAGGUGGAGUGAUGACAUAGAGUCAUAGGACUAUGACAAAUUUACCUUUUAUUUCUUCAAAUAACUGAAUAAGGUACAGUGAGUGAAAUAAGUUUGCCAAAUGUUGCCUAUCUGAAACUCUGCUUAAGGAAAUGGCAGCCUUACUCAGAAAAGCACUAAAGAAGGAAAUAUUUCAUCCAAAUGGAGAUCGUUUAUUUGCUGUGAUUGAAGUAAUGACAUCUACCCAGGAAGACGAAAGGUAUUUCCUUUGCAGUUCAGUAACAAAUUGCAAGGAGGUGCAAAUCACUUUUGUGAAAAACUUAGCUUCGAGUCAAGAUGAACAAUUUGAGAAAAUCAACACAUGGUUCCUCGAAGAUCUUAAGCUUGUGGAUGGAAAAGAAGCAGACCAAGAUAACCCACACUUUGAUAUGCAUUUUGAUAAAGUUUACGGCUGGGAAACUUCCAGCACAGCCUCCAAAUAUACCUUUGUCCGAUGUUUGCAGGAGCUUAAUCACCACUACCUGGGAAAGAAGAUAUUGUUUGUGAAUUUUGACAUUGAUUAUUUAAUUGGUGCCAGUUCAAAUUUGAAUAGAGGAGACUGUAUGCUUGCUUUAAAUAUGUGUGUGUUGUAUAUUUGUAAUUGUGUAUGUUUGUCUUUGUGUAGAUAAGGAUCAUACAU